AGUCGUACCGCUCUGUCGCAUUUCUUCUGCAUUUCAUCCGUCUGUUCCAUUCCUCUCUUCUUCGAGAUCGAGGUGGGAAGAAGAGCAACAGGCAGUCUCUUGUCCGCAGCGAUCCAAAUCUGUCAUCAUGAUCAGUGGAGGGCUUCUCAAGAUCCACCCCUCCGAGCUCAAAUUGCCUUGGUUUCGGUCUUGAUCGGUUUUUAGGUUGUAGUUUUCGUGUAUUAUUCUAUUGAUCUUGAUGAGCACCGGACUGGUGGUUUUUUUGGCUUUUGGUCGUGCAAACGUUGCCUGGCUGGCAUCGAAUUCUUGAUCCUGAUGAUGUCUGAUUGUGUACGACUGCCGACACGAUUAUCUCGCGAAGUCGAAGUGAAAAGGCAGAGCUCUUGUUGCAUGCAGCUGACCAACAAAACAGAUAACUAUGUAGCUUUCAAGGUUAAAACAACAAGCCCCAAGAAAUAUAGCGUGCGCCCAAACAUGGGAAUUGUUCAGCCCAGGUCCGCAAUUACCAUAACAGUGACAAUGCAAGCUCAGAAGGAAGCUCCACCUGAUUAUCAAAGCAAAGACAAGUUUCUUAUCCAGAGUGUUAUUGCAAAUGAUGGAGCAACAACCAAGGACAUUACUGCUGAAAUGUUCAACAAAGCACCCGACAAAGUUGUUGAGGAGUUUAAGCUACGGGUUGUUUAUAUACCUGCUAAUCCUCCCUCACCAGUUCCUGAGGAAUCAGAGGAAGGAAUUUCCCCACGGCCAUCCAUGCUAGAGAAUAAAACUCAGAGUUCAACCUUGUUUGAUGCUGUAUCAAGAUCCUUAGAAGAAGCUCCUAGAGAUGAAUCUGAGGAGGAGGAGACUAUGAUUUCAAAGUUGACUGAGGAGAAGAAGUAUGCAAUGCAACAAAAUAAGAAGUUGCAAAAAGAGCUGGAACUGCUAAGACAAGAAAGGCGCAAAAACCGUAGCGGUUUCUCUGUCACGUUUGUUACGAUUGUGGCUCUUUUGGGGAUCAUCAUAGGCUUUCUCAUCAAGAAAACAUAGAAACACAGACCGAUUACGUGGAAGUUCCUGCUUCAAGCAUAUGUUGUCUUCAUGCGCCUAACAGAAUGGCUUCCCCAUGAGUAUUGAUCUAUAUAUGAGUUGAUUCAUUUUGUCAAAGACAAUGAUCAUUUGUGCAUUCGAGUUCAUCAUUUUGCUCUUUUCUUAAAUAUCGGCAAAUUUCAAUCUCUGAUGUUUACAUUUGUAGCACUCCGUUGAAAGAUUUGCUUCGGCUGUUCCAAAUCUUCAUGACCCUUAAAUA